GAGAUGAUGACGCAGGUGUGAUCUCGAUGCACUAUAAACAUGGCAUUCCCUCCCGACUUGGAUCCCCCCCGGCUCAUAUAUACGACUUUCCGCGUGCCUCACACCGAUCCGAUUAACCACCGGAGAAUCGAGAACCUUGAACGGACAAGAUGGAUGUUAUGAGUCACCACGCCCUCCCGGCGUUCCUUGUCGCCCUUAGCCUCCUGAGCGUCUUGUGGUCUGCGCAGGCAGCCUCGCUUGCCGCCUCGGCGCCAUUCCCUGUUCGCCGACUUCCUCGCGCCCCAACCUUGCCCAUUCACCGUGACGGCCGUCUCAAGGACCCGCCGGUGAUCGUCUCUCCGGCCUUCAAGCCCAGCACGAACUACUCGUACAAUAUCGGAUUGAACAGCUCCGCAGAUGUAUUCCAGUUUGCAACCAGCAUCGGAGACCCGCCAUCCGAGGGCUUCGGUGCGACGGUGGCCGCUGCGCUCCUGGUCAUCACGGAGCCCCUGGAUCAGUCCCCGGAACCAGAUACCGUCGUCUUCCGUGUUGGCAUCAGCGUGUCGAAGUGCAACGUCCAGAAAGGACCCUCCAAGCUGGACAAAUCGUCUGGGGAAUUUGUGCGCGAUCCGCGAGCCACCAACGAUAGCUGUGGCCUUGACUCGGGCGACAUCAGUCAGCAGCCGCUCGUCUACGUGACGCAGAAUCUCACCUCGGGGGAGUUUAUCAAUGUCUACUGGAACCAGUCCACGUCGGGACAGGACCCCAACAACCUCCAGGACCCCGCUGCCUACACAAAACUGCUGGUCAGCACUGUCCGAACCCUACAGUCGACUUACUCUCCAGGCAGCAGGUCAUAUGUCGUGGAACGGCCUGGUCGCUUCGGUACACCCCGUAACAUUACGUACACGUAUAUUGGAACAGUUGCCGGCACAGGAGACCCCUGCUUCGACGUCGAGGCGGAAAGCGUGCAAGGGGAUCAGUUUGAAGAGUUUCAUCAGCAGGUUUGCUACUCGAACAGCAGCACCGGAGGGAUCUCGAUGGCUUCCAGCGGAGACUCUGCAGAUCUCGGAACCCCCGAGGCCCCAGGCGUAAUCCCAGUCACGUCUUGUAUCAUUGCGGACUGGACCACCAUUACCAGCCAGGAUGACACAGCUUCCAUGUACCUGCAAACAAAGGAGCUACCUGACCCCGGCCUCGGCGUCGUCACCGAUGCUAGAGCAGGGUAUAUCUUCGGCACCACCCCGGUGGUUAACGUCUUCACCCUCAACGACAAGGGCGUGCUGGCCCGAUGGAGCCUCAAAGGAAACACGGUGUGGCCGAAUCCCAUAGGAAACACGCAACCCUCACCUCUGGUGUUCAUCUCUGGCGUCUCGCUGCAGCAAAUGGUUCCUGGCCCACGGGACGUGUUUGCGGUGGACGUCCAGGGUGUCAUAUGGGUAUACCGGACCGACGGGAACGACGUGGCCUCCGCUUGGGUGAAUUACACAGACCCGGGCGUGAUAGAUCCCGGCAGCCAGGUGCUCGACUUCCAUCCCUGGACGAAGCCAUGCGCUGCUACCUCGCCUCCGUCCGAGGUGUUUGGAUUCUGGGUAUCGACGGGUGGGCAGGCUUUCAUCUUGUCAAGCGCCGUGUGUGCCGGCACGGCGUCCCCCCGGGGCCCCAUCGUUUCCGCCCAGAUCCCCAGCCUCGACGUGGUCAUGAACGCUCAGAACAUCUUGGAACUUCAACCGGUUGGCGUCAGCUGGGUGCUGCCCCACGUAGCCGCUGUUACAGCGUCCCAGAAACUGGUCUUCAGCUUCUACAGCCCCACUCCCUCGAUCAAUAUCGCGGAUGGGUAUAGCGACUGGAAUAACAUAGAUCUGGGGACAGACAGCAGAGGGGCUGCGGUCAACGUAACCCACGUUGAGACGUUCCAUUUUCCCGCCGGCUUCAAGUUUCCCAAUGGACAAACGCUGGCGAAGGAGGAGGAUGGCAUUCUUGUCGUGUUGGCGAAUUCGUCCGUCUGCGCAAUUCUUGCCACGUCCGCUGCGACAAACGCUCUCAGCACACCCCAACUGGUACUGGAUUCUAACGGCCUGCCCGUCAUUGGCGUUGACAAAGUCUCGUUCGACCCUUCCAUUGCAGGGGGCGCGUUGCCCACUCGACACGCCAUCGCUACGCCGUUUGGAGGGCACAAAAUCCGAUCGCUGCAGUACGUCGCGUCGGGCCAGUGGCGGGCCUUUGACUCGUGGCAGCCAUUCCAAGCGGAGACGCAGGCGAAGGUGCAGAGGGACCAACCGCUCGGGUAUCCUGCGAUGAACGCGCAAUCCGCUGCCCUUUCGACAUUGCAGAGUUCGUCCCGGCGCGCUCCAGCGGAGACGAAGCAAGUGAAUUUUCAGAACCUCACAAGGACCGGGUUUGACGACCCGUUUUGGUAUGCCGCCAGCGGCGAUACUUGCACAACCGACACCAUGACGGCCGCGGUCAAGGAGCUCUUUGUAAACCCCACCGAUACAAACGCGCUUCUGGAGUUCCGCCGCUUCUUUGCUGCCUGCAGUGCGCUCUCGAUCGGCAGCCUUUGGCAGGCCAUCACAAGCGGCCAGAUUGUCAUCUCGGAUGACGCUCACGCCUCCCCUAUCUUCGGUGCUGUGUACGAGUACCCUGUUUCCUCCAUCAUAGCCGACAACAUGGCCAAAAUCAUGAAUGGCCAGCAACCAAACGCCAACGCAGUCCCUGUCCGCGCCAGCGCCAUUACCCAAUCUCCAUCUCUCCCGUGCUUUCCGGCCGUGAUCGAAGAUGCCCUGAUCACCCUGGCCUUUGAUCCAACACUAGACAAAGAGAUCUCCCUCUCCGCUCAGAAUGCGCUCGCGGCUUUCGUUGGGAAGGGGGCGUGCCCGUUCGACACCCCCGACUAUGACCCGGCACACCACGAAACGAUGAACCGUCUCCUGGACACGACGAGCAAGCAUCAAGAGAUUGCACCACACGAACUGUUGGGCACUGUGUACGGCAUGGCUAACACGCGGCACCCCGACGUUGUCGACGCAGCAAGCGACCUGCUGCACCAUAACUCGUCGUCUGUGAGGGUUGGUGCCAUCCGGGCGAUUGCCAACGUCCCGACGCUCGGCGCCACCACGAAGCUGGUACACAAUGUUCUACAUCACAAGGACAAGGCGGUCAGGCGAUAUGGAAUGGCCGCUCUGGCCCAUCAUCAAACGACAGACUGGAUGAUGGUGACCCAGCAAUUGCUCCGGUACUUGUACCAGCCCCGUGUCCGACGUCACCAGAGUGAUCUGGACGGAUUCGCCACGUAUUUCCGGAAACGUGCCGGCGCCAACGCAGCCGACAGUCGCCUGGCCCGUGCCGGUGCUGCCCGUCUCAGAAUCAUCCAACACGCCGUGAGCCGGGUCAAUGAUACGGAAGCCGUCGCCCAAGCAAACUUUUCUCCAUUGGUCUGGGACAAAGAGUUUGGCGGCUACAAUGCGAAGUUCUUGGUUGGUCUUCACGUCGAGAGCGACCUUGACGCCACCGGGGCAACAUUCUACGCCGGAGCUGACUUGGGCGGCGAGAUAUUCGAAACUGACUUUGACAUUGCAUCUGCGGGGAUCGAAGCCGUGGCGACGAGUGGCGGGCUCAUCAGUCUGACUGCUUGGUUGGCCGUUUUCCUGCUGGAUCUCCCUUCAUUCCAACAGGUCCCGUACUAUGUGAUUGCGAUACAAUAUCAGGCAGCAACCGCAGUUCAAGUCUCCUCGGGAGACGCUUGCAACCUGACGCAGCCAUCCCCACUUGCCAAGUCGAUUCGGGAGACGAGAACAUUCAUCUCGGCCACGUAUUAGUGAGUUGAGGCUGCAUCGAUUGUUCUUUUUUUUUUCUUCUUUCUUUCAAAACUGGCAUCAGCUGACGACCGGGGGCCC